GGUCACUAUCAAUUCGCAAGUGAAGCGCCCUCUACAGGUGCCCACCUUGAGCUGAAACAGGAAAGCGCGAAACCCUCAGCAGGAGAGUCUGUGCUCUUUAAAUCCAUUUACCCCAAUCCAUCCUUCCUCUCAAUUCAAAUCCCCAAAAUUAAAUCAUAAAAUUAAUUAGUACUGAUAAUAACAUAAUCCCUUUUUUUCUAUUUGGAUCUCUCUCUCUCUCUCUCUCUCUCUCCCCCUUCUCCCUUCUCUCUUUCUCUAGGGUUUUGCUUCAGGUCGUCUUUGCUUCCUACAUCACACUUACUCCAUCUUGUUGGGACAAGUUGUCAAGUUGUAGGCUUUUGGGUUUACUUAUCAAUGGGUGACGCAGAACAUGCACUCCCACCUUCAAAGAAGAGAGCUGCAGGACGGGAAAUCUCACGAGACAACCCUGGCCUUGAUGAUGACGAAGAUUCUGCAGAGCAAGAGACAGGAACUUUCAAGAGGGCCAGUGAUGAGGUGCUGGCUAGCAGACGGAUUUUAAAAGUUCGUCGCAAUCAGCCCUCAUCAACCCCUUCAUCUAAUCCAUUUGCUGGGAUUCAGCUUGUCCCUCCUACCAAGCCAACUACAGCCCCUGCUGUGACAACAACUGAAAUAGUCACUGCUAGUGAGAAAGUUUCAGAUGGGAAAACUGAUGCUUGUGAAGAAACUGAAAAGGGUAAAGAUGAAACUGGUAACAAGUCAGAAAGCAAGGUUGAAGAGCCAGUAGCUGAAACUGCUGCAAAGGAGGAGAUUGUGGAGGAUAAGGAGAACAAUAAUGUAGUCAAUGAAGCAACUGUACCAAAGGUUGAUAGCGAAAAGCCAGCGGAAGGUGAUAAGAGUGAGAAUGAAAAGGCUGCGGUUGGAGAAGAAAUCGAGAAUAAAAAAUCAGCGGAAAGUGAUAAGACUGAAAAAGAGAAAGACAAUGGUAAGAGUGAAAAUGAAGAGAAGGAGAAUGGUAGUGAAAAAGUAGAUCCAAGCUCUGAAAGCACACACUUGAGUUCAUUCCAACAGCUUUCUAGCAGCCAAAAUGCUUUCACAGGGCUUGCUGGAACUGGGUUUUCCACUUCUACAUUCACCUUUGGUUCAGUUCCUAAGGAUGGGUCUGCAUUGGGCACUAGUACUGGUUCUCUGUUUGGGCAGAAAAAUGACCAGCCUUCAUUUGGUUUUGGUCUUUCUAAUAAUGGUAGUUCUUCAAUCUUCAACACAACAGGGCCUCCUAUUGUCUCAAAGAAUGAGGGAACUGGUUUUCCAUCCAUGCAAGAGGUUCCAGUUGAGACGGGAGAAGAGAAUGAGAAAGUAGUUUUCUCUGCUGAUUCAGUUUUAUUUGAGUAUUUCAAUGGCGCCUGGAAGGAGCGUGGUAAAGGGGAACUCAAGGUGAAUGUCUCUACUGCUGGGACAGAAAGAGCCAGACUCCUUAUGAGAGCUAGGGGUAAUUAUAGGUUAAUUCUAAAUGCAAGUCUUUACCCUGACAUGAAGCUUACAAAUAUGGACAAGCGAGGUGUCACUUUUGCCUGCAUGAAUAGUACUGGUGAAAAUAAGGAAGGUCUUUCAACAUUUGCACUGAAGUUCAAGGAUGGUUCUAUUGUAGAAGAAUUCCGGGCAGCUGUUGCAGCAAAUAAAGGUAAAUCGGCUAUGAAUCUAAAGACUCCAGAGAAUUCCCCCAAGGCUUCGGAUGAAUGAAUGAUCGUUGCAUUAAUUCACAGAAUUCUUGUACUUGGGCUGCUGUUCGUUUUCUUUGUGGCAAAAAGGAAGAGCCUCCUUUUAGAGUCAUUGUUGAGACCUAUGUAGCAGAGUCAUAACAGAGUCCAGUUCCUUUUCUCGUUAUUUAGCUUCAGUCUAGUCCUCAGGAGAACGUUAUUAGUUUGGUUUUGGGUUGGGACUGCAUAAUUUGUAGCUCAAGAGACGUGAAAUGUUUGACAAAUUUAUAGUAAGCUUCCUCUAAUGGGGGAGAAAUGGCACCAUGUUGCAUAUUGAUAUUA